AUGGCCAGUGGAAACUACACUAGAGUCACUGAGUUCAUUUUUGUGGGCUUGAAGUAUCAUCUGAAGCUGCAGGUCACCCUUUUCCUUCUAGUUCUACUUUUUUAUCUCAUUAACAUGACAGGCAAUCUGGGAAUGAUCAUCCUCAUCCGGGUUGAUGCCCACCUUCACACUCCCAUGUAUUUUUUCAGCCACCUGUCUUUUGUGGACAUGAGCUUCUCUUCCACAGUGGCUCCCAAAAUGCUUAGAGACUUCUUUGAGGAGAGAAAGACCAUCUCUUUCCUGGGCUGUGUCUUACAGCAGUGCUUCUUUGGGCUUUUUGUGACCAUUGAAUGCUUCCUCUUGGCAUCCAUGGCCUAUGACCGCUAUGCUGCGAUCUGUAACCCACUGCUUUACUCCAUCUCAAUGUCCCAGAAACACAGCAACCAGCUGGUGGCUGUCCCCUAUGCUGCUGGGUUCAUAAAUACCAUGAUUCACUCCACUGUUGCUUUUCAUCUCCCUUUCUGUGGUCCAAAUGUCAUCAAUCAUUUCUUCUGUGACAUCUUUCCCCUUUUUUCCCUCAUAUGUGCUGAUACCAACAUCAAUAAGUUAUUAGUUUUUGUUAUUGCUGGGCUUGUUGGCAUCUUCAGUGGCCUGAUCAUCCUGGUCUCCUACAUCUACAUCCUCACAGCCAUCCUGAGGAUCCAAUCUGCAGAAGGGAGACAGAAAGCCUUCUCCACCUGUUCUUCCCAUCUCACUGCUGUCACCAUCUUAUAUGGGACCCUCUUCUUCGUUUACGUGCGGCCUAACUCAAGUUUCUCCAUGGACACCGAUAAACUUGUCUCUAUGUUUUAUACUUCAGUGACUCCCAUGUUGAACCCUCUCAUCUAUGGCCUAAGGAACAAGGAGGUCAAAGAUGCCAUUCACAGGGCCAUUGCUAAAAGGAAGUUUUGUAUCAGGACAUGA